AGCGUCGUCAAAGAGAUUCAGAGAAUAAAUGAGAAGGAGUUGGCUAGCGGAUCUUAUUCAGACACAGCAUCAUGGCAUGCAGAAUAUAAGAAUUCAGCCUGGAUAUUUGUGGGUAACUUAGACUUUGAACUCACGGAAGGCGAUCUUGUUUGUAUAUUUUCGCAGUAUGGUGAGAUCAUACACGCAGAGCUUAUCCGCGAUGGAAAGGAUGGCAAGUCAAAAGGAUUUGGUUUUUUGCAGUAUGAAGAUCAACGCAGUACCAUUUUAGCUGUGGAUAAUUUGAACGGUGCCACUGUUUUAGGGCGAACAAUUCGUGUAGACCACUCUCAUACAGGUCCCAAAAAGCGUAAGAGAAAAGAUGCUGCAUCCGAUGACGAGGAUGACGAGGGCCCAAAAAUGAAUGUAGCGCCACAGAUGAUAGAAGGUAUAAAAUGA